GUACAUACCCAAAUCCGAACCUAACUAGUCUUUUUCACAACAAAAAUUGAGCAACGAUAUUUAUUUGCAAAAUUAAGAGGAAGAAGCACCCUUGGAGAGGAAGAGGAUUGGAAUCGACCGGAGAAUGCUGAGGCUGGUUUCAAAGAGAAUUUUGGGAGCAGCAUCGCGGGAGGUGCCGGCACCGGCGCUCCAGGUUCUGCCCCGAUUCUACCACGAGAGGGUUGUUGAUCACUAUGACAAUCCGCGGAAUGUUGGAUCCUUCGACAAGAAUGACCCCACCGUCGGUACGGGCCUGGUCGGGGCACCUGCAUGUGGUGAUGUCAUGAAACUCCAGAUUAGGGUUGAUGAAAAGACCGGAAAGAUUGUUGAUGCUUGCUUUAAGACCUUCGGCUGUGGUUCGGCGAUUGCGUCUUCGUCUGUGGCUACUGAAUGGGUGAAAGGAAAGCAAAUGGAAGAAGUUUUAUCCAUUAAAAAUACUGAAAUUGCAAAGCACCUAUCACUUCCUCCAGUUAAGCUUCACUGCAGCAUGCUUGCUGAGGAUGCUAUCAAAGCGGCUGUUAAAGACUAUGAAGCUAAGCGUGCCAAGUCAACUUCCACUGAGGCAACAUCUGAAGAGAAGGCUGCCGCUGCUUGAUUUCAUCCAUGCCUGGAAUGAUGAUGAAAACUGUCACUGUUUGGAUUUUCUAAUGAAUUCAAGUCAAGGAUCAGUGAGUUAUCCAUCAAUUGAGCAUCUUACUGUAUAACUCUUUAUCUGCUGGACCUACUUUGCCAGCUUCUGUUGUGUCAUCAUAUGAAGUAAAUACUGGUGGUACUGGCUAGGGUUUGUUACUUAAUUGUUUGCAUGGUGGUUUUCAAUAGGCGAACAAGGGUCUGCCAGUUUGACACUUUAAAGUUGUAUUAAUAUCUUGCUGCAUACAGAAAUGCCUGGCAGCUCACCACUUGCCACUCGGAAUGCCUUGAAAGGGAAACAGGUACACUUUGC